AUGGUUGUUGUCAAGGAGUACCGGGUCACGAACAACUGCACGGUCGAGGAGUACAAAAUCGCGCAGCUGUAUUCGGUGGCGAAGAUGGUGUCGGAGGUGCUGGAGAACCGGCCUUACGACGACCCGAAGCUCGGCAAAGGCCAGUACACGCUGAAAAUCUACCACCUGGAGAGCCGUGUCCCCGCUAUCAUUCGUGCCGUUGCGCCUAAGGGAUCCCUGAAACUGCGCGAGGAGGCGUGGAACGGAUAUCCGCAUUGCAAGACAGAGUGGAUGGGCAAAAACUUCCAGCUGGUGACAGAGUCGAUGCACCUGCCCGACCGCGGCGACACCGAGAACGCCCUGAGCCUGACGCAGAGCGAGCUGGUGUACCGCAAGAUCAACUCGUCGGCGUACAAGAAGGAGGAGGACCCGAAGCUAUUCAAGUCCAAGAAGACUGGGCGCGGGCCGCUGACGGCAGCCGACUGGCGGCAGACGUGCGAGCCCGUGAUGACGUGCUACAAGCUGGUCACGGCCGAGUUCAAGUGGUUCGGCCUGCAGACUGCCGUCGAGGCGUUCAUCCACAAGACCAUGCGCGCGAUGAUGGCGCAGUUCCACCGGCAGCUGUUCUGUGAGACCGACGACUGGCAUGGCAUGACGAUCGAGGAGCUGCGCGCCAUGGAGGACAAGACAGCGCAGGAGCUGCUUGAGAAGCGCAAGCAGGAGGCGACGGCUGCCACGGCCAUGGAAUAG